UGAUAGUGUAACUGCAAUGUGGGUCAUUUUUGCCGAAAGUCGUCAGGAUCGCGCGUUACUGUUGUGAUGUGUAUGUGUGUCACUCUGCGCGCGCGCGUGUGUGUGUGUGGGUGGGUGCGCGCGCGUGUUGUUGUGCUCUUUGAAGGGGUGGCGGGUCACAUACUGCUGAUUCACUCUGACUCUCGCAUGCGCGCCUCCGCUCCUUCCGCGGGCCCGCGCUCGCCCCCCUACGCGUAUCGACUUCCCAGUCGAUCGUCUCCUGAGCAAAGUGCUGCUGAGUACCGGAGGGCAAAGGGAGGCAGAGCUGCUCUUGCUGUAGAACUUCACGGAGUAACACACUUAUUUUCGGGCUCUCGGAUGAAGUGAUGAACCCCUCAGUAUACAAAUACAGGAGGACGUGCACGGUACAGCGAGUCGCUGGGACUGGGAUCAUCGCAGAGCUCAUGGCGGCCGAGAGCAGAGCGAGCAAAGCGCUGCAGGUGAAGCGCGAGUGCGGGGAGAACGUGCCCGUGCUUUCGGACAGCGAGCUCAUGUCGCUGUCGGUGCGGGAGCUGAACCUCCACCUGCGCGGGCUGUCGCGCGACGAGGUGCAGCGGCUGAAGCAGCGGCGGCGCACGCUCAAGAACCGCGGCUACGCGGCCAGCUGCCGCGUGAAGCGCGUGUCGCAGCGCGAGGCGCUCGAGCAGCAGAAGAAGGAGCUGCAGCGGGAGGUGGAGCGCCUGGGCGCCGAGAACGCCGGCAUGCGGCGCGAGCUGGAGGGGCUGGGCGCGCGGCUGGCCGCCCUGCAGCGCUUCGCACGGGGGCUCGAGCCUGGCGCCGGGACCCUGAUGGCGGUCGCCCCGCGCCUCAACACCGCCUCCGUCAUCACGAUUGUCAAGAGUCCGGCGCAGGGUGGACACGCGCCGCGGGAGCAGAGCAACUCGUAGGGGUCGUGGGGCAAACUCGUGCUGCUGGGCAGGCCAGGGGGCACGCGCAGGGCACGAGCGGGGGGGAGGGAAAUCGAUCGAUCCACAUACACGCACACAGAGACAGAUGUUAUCCGAUACGCACCACAUACAUAAACGACGUACGCCACACUCUGGUGUAACCAACAGGGACACACACUGAAACGCGCAGUGGAUCAGGGACUCGUGCACAAACACGCGGACACGGGAGCGAACACGCAUGCGCACAUAGGAACAGGGAGGUACAGUAUGUGCAGUGAUCAUGGGGGCCACAGACGCAUCUCCGCAGCGUGGGGAUGAGCUCUUAGGCCUGAUGGAAGGAGCUGCAGCCUCCCAGAUGUGAUCUCUCAAAUCAGCGUUUAGGAGCUUUGGGUCAGUUUCACUGCAAUACCUCCAGUGUUCAUCAGCAUCCACAACCCAAACUAUAGGACUGCACACCAGCGAGGAGCUGCUUGUCAAUCUCUGGUUUUUACCUCCAUCUCUGUUAUUGUACCGUGCUUUGUGGUGGUGACCACGCUGAUGUAUGGGAGUGCCUCCGUUGGCGUGUGGAGUGUGUGUUUCACUUUACGUGUACUGCCGUGCACCCGAGAACUGAAAAAAGCUAAUUGUUGGGGCUUAAGCGUUCUUUGGCUGCCCUUAUUUUACCGCCUGUUUUCGUGUGAGAUGUUCGAGUUUGGGUCUCGAUGCACCGCAGGCCCGUCUCGCCGCUCGAGCCGAGGACAGAAGCGCAAGAAUCCCUUCAACGCAAUUUAUAUUCCUUAGAAUUUUCCACUGUUUCUAGAACGGACGACGACAGUGUGCAGCAGCAUCUAUCGAGAGUAAUUGUAUUUUGUAUUUAAGGUAGAAAAUGACCAAGCUAACUUGUGCUGUGAUUUAAUAUAUGUCAAACAUCUGGAAUAUGAGGAGUUCAGGAAGUUUCAUAUGUUUAACUAUCACAAUAAUUAUUUUUGUAAAGUUUACUGUUAAUAAUACCAGAGCUAAAGGAUGGUCACAUUUCUCAUGCAAUGAGUAUGAGGCAUUUCCAUGGUAGCCUUUUGUGGGAUUAUGUGUCUGAUUAAUACCGGAGUAAUCCUCUGGACUGUUAUUUAUGUUAGUGUAACUGUGGCGGGGUGAGAUUCGGGGCCCACUGACACAACGGGGAAGGAUGAAGGAAGGAUGCAGAGAGAUGAGAGGCAGACAUGAAGCUGCCAUAAUGGAAAGGUGUGUGUAGGGUGGCUCUUGGAGAGGGGGCCUUGGAAAGUGUUAUAGGUGGGCAAGGAAGUGUUAGGUGGGAUGGAAAAUAAGUUGACUCAGAAAGCCCCAUCAUUGUUAAUGCAAAUGAGUCAUAACUCGUUCAGAGACGUUCAGGUUGAAUACAGAUGCUGGGAUCAAUAUUUUCUUUUAAAAGUCCAUCUGAAAUGUUUAAAUUCAGGACAUCGUGGGUGUCAUGGAAUUUGUAUUAAUGGGAAUUUACUCACUUUGUCUUAACAGCAGAUGUUACAUGAUAUGCAUCAAAAAGUAACCUUGGAAUCUGGUGCAUAAAUAUUGUAACUAUUUUGUAAACCUUGAUUUAACAUGUAAAUGUGAAUGUAAUUACCUAAAUGCUGUUAACUUGUACUGUGUUGUAUCUUGUGAACAGGAGCAGGUCCCACACCCCGGAAGCAUUUCCUCUCGAUACCAAACAAAAAUUUAAUUCCUUUCUUAUUCAGGCUGGAUGUUUUAUAAUGUUCUGGAAAUACGUGUUCUUCUAAGUAUUUAUAUAUAUACAUAUAUAUAUACUUUUUUUCUAUU